AUGGGAAACUUACACGGCUUUCACAGAUCUCAUCACGCCGGCGAAACUCCCAACGCCCCUUUCCCACCGUCUCCAGCUCCGCCUUCUUCAUCAUCACCAUCCGGUCCCCACAUGACGGUGGAACCUUAUUGCCACGUAGACUCCAGCCUCCGCUCCCUCGCCGGAAAAGCCGAGGGUUUCGGCCGCGCCGCCGUCGGUGGUCUCAACGGUCCGAUUUGCCACGUCACUUCUUUAGCUGACGAGGGUCCAGGAACGUUACGAGAGGCUUGUAAGGGGCCAGAACCGUUAUGGAUUGUGUUCGAUGUGUCGGGAACGAUCAAUCUAUCGUCGUUUGUGAACGUAGCAUCGCACAAAACAGUGGACGGAAGAGGGCAAAGGGUGAAGAUAACGGGGAAAGGAUGCCAUUUCAUGAACCACAACAAGACGAUUUUGAUAGGAGCGGACCCAAGUCACGUGACGGACCGAUGCAUAAGAGUUACGAUUCAUCACUGCUUCUUCGACGGUACACGUCAGCGACACCCUCGCGUUCGCUUUGCCAAAAUCCAUCUCUUCAAUAACUACACUCGUCACUGGUCCAUCUACGCCGUCGGAGCCGGAGUCGAGUCUCAGAUAUAUUCUCAAUGCAACAUAUAUGAAGCUGGUGAGAAGAAGACAGUCUUUAAGUACAUCACUGAGAAGGCCGCGGAUAAAGAGAAACCCGGAGCUGGUUUCAUAAGAUCAGAAGGGGAUUGGUUCUUGAACGGUGCCAAGUCGUGUCUUAGCCACGAGGGAGAGCGCCACGUGUUCUCCCCGACCCAACACUAUUCUGAAUGGACCGUCGAAUCUCCAGUCGAGAAACUCAAGAACUAUGUGAAACACUCGACCGGCUGGCAGAACCUUCCCCUUCCACCCGACCAACUUCCGACCACGACAUAA